AUGUUCACUCCACCGUGAGAUCGAGUCCAGUGUGCGCCGCAAACCCGGGAUGGAAAUUGAAAACAGGAAUGGCGACGGUACAACUGCACUGCCCGAGCUAAAGAUCAAUGAAUUCUCAUGUGAUGUUGUAGACCAGACGAACGGGUAUUAAUAGCACCCGGCUUCAAACGUAGACGGACCACCAGUCAGGGCAACCAUGGAAAUCUUUGGGAAUUCAGAGCGCUUUAAGGUUUUUCCACCACUGGAAUUAGGAAAUGACAGUACGUCUCCGAUACUUUAAAGGCAACUUUUACAUCUAACGUUUGUUUUGGAUCGCCGGCUUUCAAUGAACAUGUCUAAAUGGACUCGUAGUUUUAGGUCGUGACUCGGUGAGAAAUUAACGUUAACGCAAGCUGAUCUUUAACUUAACGUACAAAACACGAUACGUCAGCUAAGUUAGUUUCGCUGUAUGUUUUACUUGCUUUUGAUUUUACGGGUACGAUUUUAACAUUAAAUUUGCGUUUUUACAAAUUUUAAUAGAAAUGGGAUUUUUUUAUGUAUUGUUUAUGACGUCGGGUAAUCUUUAGAACAGCUAUAUAUAUAACUUAUAUAUAUUUUACAACGAAACCAACAACCUGUAAAAAUGAGAUCUCUGGCCCCGGGCAUCAAACUCAUUACCUCUUUCUCCAGAGACAGCUGGUACAGAUUCUCCAUUCUCAUCCUAACGUUCGUCUUCUACACCAGCUACCACCUCUCUCGAAAGCCUAUCAGUAUUGUCAAGAGUCAGCUGCACAGAAACUGCUCUUAUGUUAUUCAUCCAGCAGACCUCAACAUCACCGACAAUGACACCUGGUGUGAUUGGGCUCCUUUUGGUGAACCAGAAAAUUACCAGAACCUAUUUGGAGUGUUGGACAACUGCUUCCUCGUUGCAUAUGCUAUCGGCAUGUUCUUUAGUGGGAUGUUUGGAGAGCGACUGCCCUUGCGUUACUACCUAAGCUCAGGGAUGCUUCUCAGUGGCCUUUUCACUGCUCUUUUUGGCCUGGGAUUUUACUGGCGAAUCCAUUCUUUCUGGUAUUAUUGCUUGAUUCAGGCCUUAAAUGGGCUGGUGCAAACUACAGGCUGGCCGGCAGUGGUAGCGUGUGUUGGGAACUGGUUUGGGAAGGGAAAGCGUGGGUUCAUCAUGGGAAUCUGGAAUUCUCACACCUCAGUGGGAAACAUUCUUGGUUCGCUCAUUGCUGGUGUCUAUGUGUCGUCCGCGUGGGGCCUGUCAUUCAUUGUGCCUGGUAUCAUCAUCGCUUGCACUGGAGUCAUCUGCUUUUUCUUCUUGGUUGAAAAACCUGAAGAUGUGAACUGUACUCCACCACAACACCAUGAAAGUGUGGAGCAGGAGCCUCUGUUGAGGAACUCAUCCAGUAAUGAGGAGAUCUUCAGCAGUCACACCUCCACAGCCGUGGAGCCGGUGGAAGAUCACACAGAAGCCAUCAGCUUCUGCGGAGCGCUCAAGAUUCCUGGUGUGGUGGAGUUCUCCUUGUGUUUGCUUUUUGCCAAGUUGGUCAGCUACACCUUCCUAUACUGGCUUCCUUUAUACAUCUCUAAUAUUGCUCAUUUUGAUCCGAAAGAAGCUGGCGACCUAUCUACAUUAUUUGAUGUGGGAGGAAUCGUGGGUGGCAUACUGGCUGGAUUGAUAUCAGACUACAGCGGGGGCCGAGCCACUACUUGCUGGGCCAUGUUGAUUAUUGCUGCUCCUAUGCUGUUCCUGUUUAAUAAGAUCGGCCAGAAUGGCUUGCCAACCACUAUCGGCAUGUUGCUGUGGUGUGGUGCUCUCGUGAAUGGACCCUACGCCCUCAUCACCACUGCUGUGUCAGCUGACUUAGGAACCCACGAGUGUCUGAGAGGGAACUCUAGGGCACUGUCCACUGUGACCGCCAUUAUUGACGGCACUGGAUCAAUAGGUGCCGCUGUUGGGCCUCUGUUGGCUGGUCUGAUCUCUCCCACCGGUUGGAACAAUGUUUUCUAUAUGCUCAUUACUGCUGAUGUUCUGGCCUGCCUGCUGUUGUCCAGACUCGUCUAUAAGGAGAUCAGAGGAUGGUGCGGAUACACUACAAGGCAGAGAGGGUGAAUAUCCCUAAUUCACUCUUGUUCUUUGCAUUUAUGAUGAAAUAUGUUCAAAGAGAUCUGAGGAACAAGUGAAUAUCACACCUGCGACGGAAAAUUACCUGCAGCAUAACGACAAAAAGGGACCAAGGAUUGAUCCAGCACGCCAAGCCUCUUUAAGCCCCUGGGUUAUUUUAUAUGAAAAUUGUAACCUGAGACUUUCAUCCUUUUAUACUGACAAUGGAACAAAGCUCAGCUGCGGCAGCGAAGGAGGAGGAGAGUUACACACUCCCUCGUCCACACGUCACCUGAGCCAGAUGAACACAAGAUAAUCACUAAGCUCCUUCAUUUUAAUACAGGAUGUUUUAGGGACUGAUGCUUAAUACAAAUGUACCCUUUUUCUUGCAGUAAAAUAUGCCAUCAGUGCUCAGUCCUUUUAUCUGCGCCGUGUUUGUGAUUAUUCAUAACCUCACUUCACGUUUGUUAUUGGCCUGGCUCUCCGUGCGAUUGAGUUGUACAUGCGUAUGUGUGUUUGAACAAGACCUGAAUAAGUAUUGCUCUAGGUAGUGAGGUCGUAUUUGUGUACAUACACACUUAAUCACACAUAAUCCCUGAGGCUUCAUAUGUAUAGAAGAACGCUAGCUGGCUUUCUUGCUUUAGGGUCCAGAUACUAUCAGCUUUUGCCAAAAUGAAACAGCAUGUGAAAGGCAAACAGUCAUCUGUGAUAAAUCAUUUCUGGACACUUUGAUGAUUCUUGACUGCACAUUAGUUUAAAAGUAAAUUAUGCCAUUGGCCAUAAGAAAUUUUGCAUUAAAAAAAAAAAUAAUAAUAAGUUCAUAUCCAGGUCAUAAUACCAUUGAACAGCUUGUUUGGCCUUUUUUUUAGCAUAAAUUUAAAUCGUAAAAAAUAAUAUAUUAAACCGAGAAAAUGCACAAGAUGGCAUUCAAACCCAUGAGAUCAUUGUUUUGGAUGACAGAAAUUGCAAUCAUUUAUGUAAUUAACUAAUUAGAUUAAAUAAUUAAUUGUAAUAGUGUAAAUGUAUGAAAAUUGACAAUUUGCCCUAACCUCAUUUUUUUGUUGUUGUUGUUAUUAAAUCGACACUAUAAUUCA